AUGCCUCGCAACACCCUCUACGUUACUGGAUUCGGUCCCGGAGUUCGUGCCAGGGACCUUGCCUUCGAAUUUGAGCGUUUCGGUCGCCUCGUUCGCUGUGACAUCCCCGCUACACGUCACCCUUCGGCUCGUGCGUUUGCUUUCGUCGAGUACGAGGAUGACCGUGAUGCGGACGAUGCCUACAAUGAUAUGCACGGUCGCAGGCUAGGAAGGGAUGUCCUGAACGUUGAGUGGGCUCGUAAUAACCCUUCUUCCUCUUGGCGCCAGGACGGUCGCGGACGUCGCAGUUCCCCUCGUCGUUCUCGUCGUGGACUCCCCGACUCUUCCCGCUCUCCUCUUCCCCGCCGCGGGUCUCGUGGUGGUGACGACGAGCGCGAUCGCGGACAUGCGCGUUCUCGUUCUCGCAGCAGGUCGAGGUCGCCCAGGAGAGACUACAGCCCUGAAGACAGGGGAAGGUCUAGGUCUAGGAGUGCUAGGGGUGGAAGGUCGCCCAGGUCUCCUAGGGAUGACAGGGAAGGUGAUGUGAAGAUGUUGGACGAGCCCGCUGGUAAGGAUUUUGUACCAACUCAAGUUAUUCUGAUUGCUAACAUCUCCUUAGGUGAUCGCAGUCCCGGGGACCGCAGCCCUCAUGAUGAGAGGGAUUAA